CGGGCUCCUGCCUUCCAACGCCGAGGGCGUGCGGUUGCCGGCGGACCAACGGUAGCCAGCCGAAGCCGAGACCCCGUAGGGUGGCCGUGCGUCCUGUUACACCGCGACAGGACCGCCGAUCGGGUUCCUUGGGGAGACUUCGACUUGUUCGAGACCCGAUGGCCAAGAGAAAGGAAGAUAAUUUCUUCUCUCCUGACAAUGCCAAAAGACCAAGACAAGAAGAGUUGGAAGAUUUUGAUAAAGACGAUGACGAGGAUGAAUGUACAGUUUCUUUCAUUAAUGGUACCUCUACUUUAACUGCAGCAGAAGUCGGAAUAAUUGAGAGUAUUCAGCUCAGAAACUUCAUGUGUCAUUCGAUGCUUGGACCCUUUAAAUUUGGUUCUAACGUCAAUUUUGUUGUUGGCAACAAUGGAAGCGGGAAGAGUGCAGUACUCACAGCUCUCAUAGUUGGUCUUGGUGGAAAGGCAAUCGCCACUAAUAGAGGAUCUUCUUUAAAAGGUUUUGUGAAAGAUGGACAGACCUCAGCAGAUAUCUCAAUAACAUUAAGGAACAGAGGUGACGAUGCCUACAGAGCUAAUGUGUAUGGUGACUCUAUAAUUGUGCAACAACACAUCAGCAUGGAUGGAAGUCGAUCUUAUAAACUAAAAAGUGCAACAGGCACAGUGGUUUCCACUAGGAAAGAAGAGCUGAUUGCAAUUCUUGAUCAUUUUAACAUACAGGUGGAUAAUCCAGUUUCUGUUUUAACACAAGAGAUGAGCAAGCAGUUUUUGCAGUCUAAAAACGAGGGCGACAAAUACAAAUUCUUCAUGAAAGCAACCCAACUUGAACAGAUGAAAGAAGAUUAUUCAUACAUUAUGGAAACAAAAGAAAGAACAAAGGAGCAGAUAAAUCAAGGAGAAGAGCGACUCGUUGAACUGAAACGCCAGUGUUUGGAAAAAGAAGAACGGUUUGAAAUUAUUGCUGGUUUAAGUACAAUGAAGACCAACUUAGAACACUUGAAACAUGAAAUGGCUUGGGCGGUGGUCAAUGAAAUUGAAAAACAGUUGAAUGCUAUCAGAGAUAAUAUCAAAAUUGGAGAAGAUCGUGCGGCUCGACUUGACAGGAAAAUGGAAGAACAGCAGGUCAGACUUCAUGAAGCAGAAAAAAAAUACAAGGAUAUUCAAGAUAAACUGGAAAAGAUUAGUCAAGAGACAAAUGCACGAGCACCAGAAUGUAUGGCAUUGAAGGAAGAUGUUAUUGCCAGGAAAAGGGCCUAUAAUGAAGCUGAGGUUUUGUAUAACCGUUCCCUAAACGAGUAUAGAGCAUUAAAGAAAGAUGAUGAGCAGCUUUACAAAAGAAUUGAAGAACUGAAAAGAAGUGCCGAUCAAUCUUUGGAACCUGAGCGGUUGGAGAGGCAAAAAAAAAUUUCUUGGUUAAAAGAGAGAGUAAAGGCCAUCGAGGAUCAAGAAAAUACAGUCAGUCAAGAGAUCGAACAGUUUCAGCAAGCCAUAGAAAAGGACAAAGAAGAACAUACUAGAAUUAAGAGAGAAGAGUCAGAUGUGAAGCUUACUCUAAACUAUAAUCAGAAGCAACUGAAAGAUUUGAAAGAUAGUAAAACUGACCGACUGAAACGAUUUGGCCCCUAUGUUCCAGCUCUUCUUGAAGCAAUAGAUGAUGCUUAUAGACGUGGGCAAUUUACCUAUAAACCUGUAGGCCCCUUAGGUGCUUGCAUUCAUCUUCGGGACCCUGAACUUGCUUUGGCUAUUGAAUCGUGCUUAAAAGGACUUCUGCAAGCCUAUUGUUGCCAUAAUCAUGCUGAUGAAAGAGUACUUCAGGCACUGAUGAAAAAGUUUUAUUUACCAGGGGCCUCACGGCCACAGAUAAUAGUAUCUGAGUUUCAGAAUGUCAUGUACGAUGUAAGACACAGAGCUGCUUAUCAUCCUGAGUUCCCAACGGUUCUGACAGCGUUAGAAAUAGAUAAUGCAGUUGUUGCAAAUAGCCUCAUUGACCUGAGAAGCAUAGAGACAGUGCUGCUAAUCAAAAGUAAUUCUGUAGCUCGUGCAGUAAUGCAGUCUGAAAAGCCACCCAAGAAUUGUAGAGAGGCUUUUACUGCUGAUGGCGAUCAAGUUUUUGCAGGACGAUAUUAUUCAUCUGAAUAUACAAGACCCAAAUUCCUAAGCAGAGAUGUGGAUUCUGAAAUAAGUGACUUGGAGAAUGAGGUUGCAAAUAAGAAGGCCCAGAUAUUAAAUCUCCAGCAACAUUUGUCUGCCCUUGAAAAGGAUAUUAAACGCAAUGAAGAAUUUCUUAGAAGGUGCCAGCUACAUUGUAAAGAAUUAAAGAUGAAAAUGAGGAAAUGUAUUUCCGAAAUUCAGGAACUCGAGAACAUAGAAGAACACCAGUCCGUAGAUAUUGCAACCUUGGAAGAUGAAGCUCAAGAAAAUAAAAUCAAAAUGAAAAUGGUUGAGAAAAGUAUGGAACAACAAAAAGAAAAUAUGGAACAUCUUAAAAGUCUGAAAAUAGAAGCAGAAAAUAAGUAUGAUGCAAUUAAACUGAAAGUGAAUCAGCUGGCAGACCUCGCAGACCCGCUUAAGGAUGAAUUAAACCUUGCCGAUUCGGAAGUGGAUAACCAAAAACGAGGGAAGCGGCAUUACGAAGAAAAGCAAAAGGAACACUUGGAUACUUUAAAUAAAAAGAAACGAGAACUGGAUAUGAAAGAAAAAGAACUAGAGGAGAAAAUGUCACAAGCAAGACAGAUCUGCCCAGAAAGGAUAGAAGUACAAAAAUCUGCAUCAAUUCUAGACAAAGAAAUUAACAGAUUAAGACAAAAGAUUCAGGCAGAACAUGCGAGUCACGGAGAUCGAGAGGAAAUAAUGAGGCAGUACCAAGAAGCCAGAGAAACUUAUCUUGAUCUGGAUAAUAAAGUAAAGACUUUAAAAAGGUUUAUUAAAUUAUUGGAAGAAAUAAUGACCCAUAGAUACAAAACAUACCAACAAUUUAGAAGGUGUUUGACUUUACGAUGCAAAUUGUACUUUGACAACUUGUUAUCUCAGCGGGCCUAUUGUGGAAAAAUGAAUUUUGACCACAAGAAUGAAACUCUUACUAUAUCAGUUCAGCCUGGAGAGGGAAACAAAGCUGCUUUCAAUGACAUGAGAGCCUUAUCUGGAGGUGAACGCUCUUUUUCCACAGUUUGCUUCAUCCUUUCUCUGUGGUCCAUUGCUGAAUCUCCUUUCAGAUGCCUGGAUGAGUUUGAUGUCUACAUGGACAUGGUUAACCGGAGAAUUGCGAUGGACAUGAUACUGAAGAUGGCGGAUUCCCAGCGCUUCAGGCAGUUUAUCUUGCUUACUCCUCAAAGCAUGAGCUCACUUCCAUCAAGUAAACUGAUUAGAAUUCUUCGAAUGUCCGAUCCUGAAAGAGGACAAAUGACAUUGCCUUUUCGACCUGUGACUCAAGAGGAAGAAGAAAAUCGAAGUUGAUGUGUAACUUAAUAUGCCACGUCCUCAUGAUGAACGAUUUGUGAAGGGAAAAAAUUCAGGGCUAUUUGACGAAAUAAAAUGAAACUAAAGAUAUUCUAAAAUAAAAGAGAUUCCUUUAUAUAACUGACCACAAUAAAAUAUGUAAAUAAGUUUAAAAACCAACUACAACCAGCAAUUUAAAAUUACUAUUACUUUACUUUGAGAAAGUCAGUUUCAUAGUAUUGGUUUUAAAUCUUUUUAAGUUUGUUUCUUUGUUUUAUUUUUAACCAUCUACUUUUAUAGAUUCUUUUUCAGAAGUAAAAUUUUGUACAUAUGUACAUGUACAUAUCUGUUUCAUUUGGGUUCAUUUCUAUAGUAUUUUAUAAGAAUUAAAAUAAAAGUUUGAGUAUCUGGUUAUAUUUA